CAGGUUUACAGCGCAUGCGUACUAGGCAUGGCGGCAGUUAUCAAUCGUCUUCUGCAGAGUUAACUCAAACUGGAAUUCAAAAAGAAAUGCAAGACAAGCAAAUUGAAAUAGACGAUACGCAAGAAUUCACACACCUAACAGACUCGAUCAGGAGUGGGCAGGAGAGCCACUACAACUCCGUCAGCGAAGUGACAGUAACAAUGAACAAAUCUUUAUUUAUGAGGAUAUCAGAAUACGCAAAAGGGUCAAGAGAUUGAAGGCACAGAGAAAAAGCUGCAGCAGUAGUCAAUAUACUCUGUAUUCAACAACAGACCAUGGAGAAGCAGGAAAUAUUGCAAAGACUGCACCAGAUGAAAAAAGAAUUGUACAGAAAGCAAUACAAGCUUGAGAAAUCAAAAAGAGCAGCCAAGGUGAGAGCACACGUCAAGAAGAAAAUUCAAGAACAAAACUUGUUGUAUGAAAAUAAUGAUGCCUUAUGCUUGGUCAGCCCAGAAAAUCACUGCAAACAAGGUCAGUGUGAAAAUAUCGAUGAGAGAGUACUUGAACAGUGCAGUGUGCUAAAACCCACAGAGAGGAAAAAGCUCUUUAUCAAUGGGGAAACAUGUUUGUUAAGUCCAAAUGGAUGUCAUAGGAGCGAUGAGUUGAUAAAAAUAAUAGGAGCGGACAACUAUCUAGCCAAGAUUGGUAACAACAGCAAACGUGUGAGGCAUAUGCACCACCUGAGUGCUGGCAGUAGAGCUGGUGCUACAGAACUGAUACAGAAAACAUCUGAUGACCUGGGGUGUUUUAAGAGGUUAUGCACUGUAGAAACUAUUGCUGAAAAUUCUCAAAAUGUGUCUGAGCAAAGCAUACAAGACCAGAGUGUGACUAGUGAAACUCACACAAAGAUGCCCUUGUCAGGGCUGCUGUGCUCAACACAGAAUGCACAGUAUAAGGCUUGUGAAAAUGUAGACGAUUUGCUAGCCAUCACACCAGUGUUUCAAAAUACAGCAAACUCUGACAUUAUUUCUCAGCCAUUAUUGGAAAAUAAUAUUGCUGGGCUUGAUACAAACCAGGAAUCUUUUAGUCUGGACUUAUAUCCUAAGGUAGUCAGAGAAAGUCAAAACACUUCUGUUGAUCAUUCAGAUUCAACACUUUUGUCUGGCAAACAGGACUUUUCUGGAAUCAGUAUUCAGACAGCUUCAUCUGUGAAUAAAUUUUAACAUUGAAACCGAAAUGUGAAAAUAAAAAAGGCACGGUAUGUUGUGCCAGUGCUAUUGAAAAGCUAGGAGUAUGUGAUAAGUGUUACAAAAAAGAUUUCAGCUUAGAGCAGCAGAGUACUAUUAAAAUUGAGGGCACAGAAGUGGUAGAAUGUCUGUCACUAUCAUCAGAUGCUUCUAGAGAUUCUGAAAAAGAUGUAUUUUUAAAAGAUGAUCAUGCCAUGCUGGAGCCAGACAAACAGCUCCAAUCACAGGAAGAAGGCAGAUUUUCAGAAUACACUGAGCUGGAUGUCAUUCCUUUUUCACAGAUUGAACUAGCAGAAGACUUUCUAUCAGAGGGCACUGCCAGUUUGCAAGGGCAAAAUCACAGCCAAAAAGGUUUCAGAAAAAGAAAUUCCAUGGUUCUAAUCAAGCGUAGGUCCCCUCGUCUCUCUUCCACUCACUUCAGAGCCACGAGUCUGGCAAGUGGAGGAAGAAGUACUUCUGCAGCAUGCUCUGGUUUGAAUUCCUGUGUGUCCAGACAGGGGCUGGAGAAAAUCAGUUUCUAUGUUAGCUCUAAAAGGAAAAGAACAAAGACUGCCCUGUUAUUAUCGUCUUUGUUUCAGUUCUUUAUUGAUGAAGCAAAAAGAAACCAGUCAUUCAGGGAAUUUGAGCUACCCAGAGACUUGGUGGAGCAGGUUCUUAAUCAUGAGCAUUCUGAAAAAGAUAUUUCAAAAGAAAUGCAGAAAAACUAUCCUAAAUAUGUAGGUGAGUUCAAUCAGUGUGUUGAUAUGAUAUCAGAGACAGAACUUGAUUCUGUCAUUCAAAGUGAAGUAUAUGCUGAGGUAUUUGGUAAUACAAAUGUAUUGCUAGGCAACAGUGAAAUAGAGGAUGCAGAGCAAAGUGAGAGUCAAACAGAAUCAUUGAAACUCAAAAGUGACCAAGAAAGAAAUUUUUGUACAGAGAAUGAUGCACACUCAUUGUCAAAUCCACACUAUGACAAUGCAUCACCAGUAAUAUCAAAACUUUUUAAAGUGAAAAAUAUAUCAGACAUUCAUAGUAAAAAGUCUGUACCAGGCCAGGACAAAGUGACCUCUGCAAAUCAGAUUAAGUCCUCUUCCCGAAAGCAACUCUUUCAUGAAGUGUCUUCUCAGAACUUCCUCAAAACUUCACCCUGCCUCUUUGGCACCCAGUCAAACAGUGGGGACAGCAUGAAGGAUUCACCACAGCCCAUGGUUGUGCCAGACAUUUCUAAGGCCAAAGGUCCACAGGCAGCCAGCACUGAGGCCCAGCUUCUGUUCACACCUAGGACAAUGCAUACUGAUGAAAACUAUUCACGCCUUGAUGGCUCCUCAUGGAUUACAUUUGCUGGAUGUGCAGAGUCAGGGUGCAAAAAACGAAUUGUGGCUUUGCUGAGAGGUAUUAUGGAGAAUGCAGAGGGUGAAAAAUCUCCAUAUCUUCUUAGUGUACAGCCCACAUCUCUCACACUUUGGUCCUACCAUGAUGAUGUGACAUGGACUGCAGAACUUCACUGGUAUUUGCCACCGGAACAUGAAGCACUGAAUGCUUGCAACGUCAGUGAUGCUGGCCAGAGGCUGGUGGCUGCUGCCUGGGGAUCAAGUUUCCAUUCUUCGAGAUUGUUCCUCACUGUCUUUAUCUUCCACUGGAACACCCAUCAAACACUUCGUUUCAAUCUCAGACUUCCUUUAACUGUGUGUCCUUUAAGACUGUUCUGUCAUGGCUUGCCCAAAGUAGACCAGAGUACACUUGUGGUUUUUUCCAUCGACAAGACAUACAGCAGAGGAAGGAAGUAUGUGUUGAACACAGAUUCUAGUAACAUCGACACUCAGUCAGAGAUGGAAGUGAUUGGCUGCCAACUUUUGGAUGUGCAGCUGGUCCAGGGUCUAUCUGAAGCAGUGGCAGGACUUUCCUCGGACAAUAAAAUCUUACUGUGGAAUCAUGUGACUGGUGUACUCAUCAUCUCACUUAACUUGGAAAGUCCUCUGCCAAUGUUUUCAAGAAUGUUCACUUGUUUUUCUCACCAAGGUUUUCUGCUUCUGCACAUGCAAGCUAUUGAUGCCUAUGAACUCUGUCUUGUUGGCAUCAACCCAAUGAAGUCAACAGGAAAAGUUCUUCAAGUAUUCCAUCAUUCAGACCAUCAAGAACGAUUAAGUUCAUUGACGGUGCAUGAAAACUUGGUUCUGGCAGCAACAGGGUGCGGCAAGAUAUAUGUUUGGGAUGCCGUUUCUGCAACACAUUUGGCUGCCAUCACAAAUUCACAUGGAUGCAUCACGUGUAUAAACAUAAUACCCAUAAAAAACAAUCUGUGUCUGGCUUCUGGCCAUUCAGCAGGUUGCAUUCAUUUGUAUCAUCUGGCAUAGAUAGAUUUCUUAUCUCGGUGAUGUGUUGAUGUGACACCCAUCGAAAUACAGCUUUGGUACAUUUCAGGGAGAAGGACACCUUAACAUUUUUUCACAAAGGAAAUGGAUCUUUGAAAGUGGUCAUAUACAGGAAAAUAAAAAUAACAUUCUGUGAUCUUGAGUUAAUAUUCCGUUUGAUUUGUAAAACAUUUUUAAAUCAAUUUGAUGUGUUUGUAACAUUGCACAUCAUUUGCAUUAAGUGUAUUGUUGAUUUCAUUUAAAUCAAGUUUUAUUAGAAAUUAUGUUGUGCGUUGUCAGACAGCUUAAAUGUGUUGGAAUUAAUCUUGGGCAUUAGAAACAGACAAAUACUGCUGGUGAAUAAAAUUGUGACAAUGUCUAUCUUUAUCAGUCUUGUAUAUUUUCUACUUGUAGGUCUGAAAACUCAAUGUCACAUUUGGAAACAAAACUGGAGUACAGAAUAAAUUUAAUAUAUCCUUCCCAUAUGUUCUCUAUAAUGCUUACCUGAUUACCCUUGAAUUACCCAUCAAUACUACACCACAGACAGACAAGGACACAAAAGCAAACACAAAAUCUCCAGAAAAACUCAUCACUCAGCACAAAACAUCUGGGGCUGUACAACGCCUACUUAUGCUCUUAGUGCUUGAGACAAGAAAGAGACAUGGACAAUAAAUGAAGGAAAGGAAUGAUGAACAAUAAAAGACAAAUAUAGAAAACACAAAGCUAAAAAGAACAGUGUCACGAUUCAGCAGAGGAAGACUAGUGUGCAAGUAGCAAUAAACAGAAAGGGGAGGGUUUGAAAAAAGGAGUAGCAAUCUGUAGACUGUUCUUAGGAGUAACGCUCAAUAUUAAGUAGCACACCUGACAAGUCUAAAAUUUUGUGUUGAAAAUUCUCCUUGGGAACUUCCUACUCCCUUGAGCAGCAAAGAGGAAUAGGCUGAUUGGACUAGCCGAUGGUAUGGCCACAAUGUUUAGCCAUGUAAAGUGGAUCUGGCUAUGCUGUUUUCCCAGAUGAGAACA